UGGCUGUGUCCUUGUUAGCUAACGGGCUAGUUAGCUGCCCUAACAGGCAAGCAAAUGUGUACCAUUUGGAAAGAUGAAUUAAAGUGUGCCUGAAGAGUGAAUUUGACAGAGAUUUACGUUUAGCCGCUGUUAACGGCACCAUGCUGCGUGUCGGGAGCAAAGCCGCCUGCAUGGCCUGUAGGAACCUGGUCUCCACCAACAUGGGGAUACGAUUUCGGGUACCGCUGCAGAAGCUUCACCCUCUGUCCCGUGCCAUCCACCACCGCUACUCGGGAAACACCAACCCUCAGCGACCACCUCAUCGCACAGCAGCCCGCUAUUUUACCUCUAUGUCUCGGUUGCCCAUGAGGCCACCUAAGCCUCCUCCAGGGUCAGGGGGCCGUGGCUACCAGCAACAGCGCAACUUCUGGAUGGUCCGUCUCGCUGCUCGGCUGCUAAGGCUCAGAUACAUUCUGCUGGGAACAGCAGUGGGAGGCGGCUACACAGCUAAGAAGACCUAUGAAGAGUGGAAGGACAUGCUGCCGGAUUUUAGUGAAUACAACUGGAUCAUUCCAGACUUUGUCUGGGAAUUAAGUGAACAAAUUGAUUUUGAUAAACUGGCCAAAGCUCUACCGGAGAUAGAAGAAAUAGCCAAACUACUACCUGACAUGGACAAAAUAGGAGAGAACUUCACUUUCCUUAAAAGCCUCCUCUCCUCUGGUGUGAGUUUGGGUAGUGAAGUCAAAGGAGCUUCUGGUCUGCAUCUGUUGUUAGAAACUUCAGGCGAUCCUCAACUAAAAGCCACAGAUUCUUCUGCUGCAGCAGCACAUGAUGCCAGUGACAAGCAGUACAAAAAGGGUCUGCUUGGGGAGCUCAUUCUUAUUCAGCAGCAGAUCCAGCGGCACGAGGAGGAAGUCCAACGGGCCGCUGCUGCCAAUAGUGCGCGUCCCCCACCGCCAGAGCCUGUUCCCAGUCCGCCUCCGAACCCCAGCCCCCCUCAACAGAAGCGCAAGUCAUCAGACAAAGAAAAGAUAGACCAGCUUCAAGAAGAACUCCUCCGUACCCAGUUAAAGUAUCAGCGCAUGCUGGAGAGACUGGAGAAGGAAAAUAAAGAGUUAAGGAAAGUGGUGCUGCAAAAAGAUGAUAAAGGAAUUCACCAAAGGAAAGUGAAGAAAUCCCUUAUUGACCUGUAUUCUGAAGUCUUGGACAUCUUAUCUGACUACGACGCCAACUACAACACCCAGGACCACUUACCCAGGGUGGUCGUGGUUGGGGAUCAGAGUGCUGGAAAGACAAGCGUACUUGAGAUGAUAGCCCAGGCCAGGAUCUUCCCCAGGGGCUCAGGAGAAAUGAUGACACGGUCUCCUGUUAAGGUAACAUUAAGUGAAGGCCCCCACCACGUGGCCCUGUUCAAGGACAGUGGUCGAGAAUUCGACCUUACCAAGGAGGAGGACCUUGCUGCUCUGAGGCAUGAGAUUGAGCUGAGGAUGAGGAAGAGUGUGAAGGAGGGGCAGACAGUCAGCUCCGAGACAAUAUCCCUGAGUGUCAAAGGCCCUGGCAUCCAGAGGAUGGUACUUGUUGACUUACCAGGAGUAAUCAGUACGGUCACUGCAGGCAUGGCAUCAGACACUAAGGAAACCAUCUUCAGCAUCAGUAAGGCCUACAUGCAAAACCCCAAUGCAAUCAUCCUCUGUAUUCAGGAUGGCAGCGUGGAUGCGGAGCGAAGCAUUGUCACCGACUUGGUUAGUCAGAUGGACCCUCAGGGGAAGAGGACCAUCUUUGUACUGACCAAAGUGGACUUGGCUGAGAAGAACCUGGCCAGCCCAAGCAGAAUCCAGCAAAUAGUGGAGGGCAAACUAUUUCCCAUGAAAGCCCUGGGCUACUUUGCUGUAGUGACAGGAAAAGGGAGCAAUGCUGAAAGCAUAGAUUCCAUCAAAGAUUAUGAGGAAGACUUUUUCCAGAACUCCAGAUUACUGAGGGAUGGCAUGCUGAAAGCCCACCAGGUAACCACCAAGAACUUGAGCCUGGCUGUCUCUGAUUGUUUCUGGAAGAUGGUCAGGGAGUCUGUAGAGCAGCAAGCUGAUGUCUUCAAAGCAUCGCGAUUCAACCUCGAGACAGAAUGGAAGAACAACUACCCUCGUUUGAGAGAGCUUGACAGGAAUGAACUCUAUGAAAAGGCCAAAAAUGAAAUCUUGGAUGAAGUCAUUAGUUUGAGUCAAGUGACUCCACAGCACUGGGAAGCUAUUCUGCAGAAGAAGCUGUGGGAACGUGUUUCCACUCAUGUAAUCGAGAACAUCUACCUGCCUGCUGCCCAAACAAUGGACUCUGGUACCUUUAACACCACUGUAGACAUUAAGCUCAAGCAGUGGACUGACAAGCAGCUCCCACACAAAGCACUGGAGGUUGCCUGGGAGACACUGCAGGAGGAGUUUGCCCGCUUCAUGGCUGAAUACAAAGGCAAAGACCAGGAUGACAUUUUUGACAAGCUAAAGGAGGCUGUGAAGGAUGAGAGCAUCAAGAGACACAAGUGGAAUGAGAGGGCCAUGGACAGCCUGAGGGUGAUCCAGCACAAUGCUCUAGAAGACCGGUCCAUCACAGACAAGCCACAGUGGGAUGCAGCAAUCCAGUUCAUGGAAGAAACUUUGCAGUCACGCCUUAAAGACACUGAAUCAGUAAUCAGAGACAUGGUGGGUCCAGACUGGAAGCAGAGGUGGCUGAACUGGAAGAACCGUACACCAGAUCAGCACAUCCGUAAUGAAACAAAAAAUGAGCUGGAGCGCUUGCUGAAGCUGCACGAUGACCACACAGCUUACUUGGCUAACGAUGAGGUCACCACAGUCAGGAAGAACCUGGAGGGACGAGGGGUUGAAGUUGAUCCAGUUCUGAUCAAGGACACGUGGCAUCAGCUGUAUCGCCGACACUUUUUGCAGAAGGCAUUGUCCCAUUGCAACCUGUGCAAAAGAGGCUUCUACUACUACCAGAGACACUUUGUUGACUCUGAGUUGGAGUGCAAUGACGUGGUACUGUUUUGGAGAAUCCAGAGGAUGCUGGUCAUCACAGCCAACACUCUCCGACAGCAGCUCACCAACACAGAGGUGCGCCGAUUGGAGAAAAAUGUGAAGGAAGUGCUGGAUGACUUUGGGGAAGACACGGAGAGGAAGAUCCACCUCAUCACUGGCCGCAGAGUCCAGCUGGCCGAGGAUCUCAAGAAAGUUCGUGAGAUCCAGGAGAAACUUGAAGCCUUCAUAGAAGCUCUUCACAAGGAGAAAUAAAAACCUAUUUAGAGUAAUUGUUUGAAUCACAGCAGAGAAAUGCACUGAACAAAGAACUCAUCUGUAAAUGACCGUCAUCACCCCUUGUUCCUGCCCCGACACUCACCUGGUUUCACCACCUCAUGACUUGGCCCUCCGUCCCCCCUCGGACACUGAUGGGGAGAUGGACCUGAACAGAAGGAUAAGCUGGAUGAACAGUUUUCAUGCUUUCUCUUUGGUUUAUGUUAAUUUUCUUCAUGAGGCCACGAGGAGGACUUCUGCACAGGAGCCCAAACACCGACAGACGAGAAGCAAAAUACGAAGCUUGCACAGUAAUUUCAGACAUCUGACGACUUGUUUUCAAUAAAUGAGGGUUGUGUACA